CUGUCACGAACGCUAAUUCUGCUUGUAAUAGAGAUUGAUCCUAACCUAAGUUAGUCGACCGACUGUUUGUCAUUCUCGAAUUUACCAAGUGUAACAAAUAAUUCCGAACUGUUGAUAAUAAAAUUGGGAAAAAAUGCCGGACCAUCUAGGAGACGAUAUGCGUAAGGUGAAACCGGAGAAAGAGAAGGAAGAAAAGGAAAUAAAAUCUCUCGACGAGGGAGAUAUCGCCUUGCUUAAAACAUACGGCCAGGGACAAUACACGAAGAGCAUAAAAGUCGUCGAGGAAGACAUUCAGACGAUAAUAAAGCGCGUCAAUGAAUUGACGGGCAUCAAAGAAUCGGAUACAGGACUGGCGCCGCCUGCGCUCUGGGAUUUGGCAGCGGAUAAACAGACUCUGCAGAACGAGCAACCGCUGCAAGUAGCGAGAUGCACCAAAAUCAUAAACGCUGACUCGGACGAUCCCAAGUACAUAAUAAAUGUGAAGCAGUUUGCAAAGUUCGUCGUAGAUCUAGCCGACUCUGUCGCCCCCACGGAUAUAGAAGAAGGAAUGCGCGUCGGUGUCGACCGCAAUAAGUACCAGAUCCACAUACCUCUGCCGCCAAAGAUCGAUCCUACCGUAACCAUGAUGCAAGUGGAAGAAAAACCCGAUGUCACCUACAGCGAUGUUGGAGGAUGCAAAGAGCAGAUUGAAAAGCUUAGAGAAGUUGUUGAAACGCCACUUUUACAUCCUGAAAAAUUCGUCAACCUGGGUAUUGAGCCACCAAAAGGAGUCUUACUGUUCGGACCGCCGGGUACAGGAAAGACGCUGUGUGCUCGAGCAGUAGCAAACAGAACCGACGCUUGCUUUAUUCGUGUCAUUGGUUCUGAAUUAGUUCAGAAAUACGUUGGAGAGGGUGCUCGAAUGGUCAGAGAACUGUUUGAAAUGGCGCGCAGUAAGAAAGCCUGUCUAAUCUUCUUUGAUGAGAUUGACGCGAUCGGGGGUGCAAGAUUUGACGAUGGUGCCGGUGGAGAUAACGAAGUACAGCGUACUAUGCUCGAGUUGAUCAACCAAUUGGACGGGUUCGAUCCGCGAGGUAACAUCAAAGUACUGAUGGCAACUAACAGACCAGACACUCUAGAUCCGGCUUUGAUGCGUCCUGGGCGUUUGGACCGAAAAGUAGAAUUCGGAUUGCCUGAUCUGGAGGGCCGGACGCAUAUAUUCAAAAUUCACGCACGCUCCAUGAGCGUGGAGAGGAAUAUUCGGUUCGAACUACUCGCUCGAUUAUGCCCAAACAGUACAGGCGCUGAAAUUCGCUCCGUCUGUACGGAAGCGGGCAUGUUCGCAAUCAGAGCGCGUCGCAAGGUAGCAACGGAGAAAGACUUCUUAGAAGCUAUUCACAAAGUAAUCAAAUCGUACGCCAAGUUCUCCGCCACCCCGAGAUACAUGACCUACAACUAAUCUCGCUAGGCUUCAACCAUUGUUUGUAUCAACACUUUGGUAACUUUGAACAACUACUCGUGCUUUGAUUUUUGCUAAUUCAUCCGAUAAGAAUUUUCAUUAUGAUAAUUUGUCUUAUAAAGAAUCGUCGUAUUGUAA